AUGACUGCCCACUCAGGCCUGACAAUUGUGAUCAAGCUAGGAACAAGCUCCAUUGUUGACGAGAAAACUCACGAGCCCAUCCUGUCAAUUCUGACUCUGAUCGUGGAAACAGCUGCCAAGCUUCAUAGGGAUGGACACCGUGUGGUAUUGGUGUCUUCUGGAGCUGUUGGAGUCGGGUUGCGAAGAAUGGAUGUGGACGAAAGACCAACAUACCUGCCACGGAUACAGGCUCUUGCUGCGGUGGGCCAAUGUCGACUCAUGAGUCUUUGGGAUAACUUAUUUUCCCACCUCCGCGUCCCAGUCGCUCAAAUUCUCUUGACAAGAAACGACAUUGCCGAUAGAACCCAAUAUGUCAAUGCUCAAAACACAUUUGGGCAAUUGUUCGACAUGGGCGUGAUCCCAAUUGUCAACGAGAACGAUACUUUGGCUGUUUCUGAAAUCAAAUUUGGCGACAAUGAUACCCUCUCUGCAAUCACAGCAGCCAUGGUCAAAGCUGACUACCUGUUCCUCAUGACCGAUGUCGACUGCCUUUAUUCAGCGAAUCCGCGAAACAAUCCUGACGCGAAACCCAUUGAGGUCGUGACCGAUAUCUCCUCCCUCGAGGCCGAUGUUUCAUCAUCGGGCUCCUCGCUUGGAACGGGAGGCAUGAGCACGAAAAUUGUCGCUGCCAAGCUUGGAACCAGUGCUGGUGUGACGACCAUCAUUACUAAGAGCUCAAAACCAGGCAACGUUCAUGAGAUUGUGAAAUACCUACAGUAUCUCGAGGCGCAAGCCAGUGGCUCCGGAACCGACGGCCAUGAGGCACCAACUGCUCCUCUCCACACUCGUUUCAUCCGCUCGCAAACCCCCAUUCAAUCACGCACUUUCUGGCUCCUUCAUGGAUUGUAUCCCCAUGGUACUUUGUACAUCGACCACGGAGCUUACAAUGCGCUUCUGAGUAAUGCCAAUCUACUCCCGGCUGGAGUGGUUGGAGUCGAUGGUCACUUUGGACAACAAGAAGCUGUGCGACUAGUUGUUGUCGAAAGGCCCUCCCCAGAUGCCUUGAAUGGCGACUUCAUCCACCACAGUGAUGAACCUAAGGAAGUCGGGCGGGCUUUGGUGAAUUACGGCAGCAUCGAGAUUGCGCACAUCAAGGGCCAUCGUAGCACACAGAUCGAAGCACUUCUUGGGUAUGCCGAUAGCGAUUAUGUGGCUUUGCGAGAGAACAUCUCAUUUCAUCCUGAGGAUCACACCCCGGGCCACACCUCAACCCCCUCAUUAACACCCGCACUCGAAGCCUGGAAGUCACCCUGA